AUGAGGAAGCAGCCAGACAUCACAGAAGGCAUGCGUACGAUUCUGGUGGACUGGCUCGUGGAGGUUGGCGAGGAGUAUAAACUUCGAGCAGAGACCCUGUAUCUGGCUGUCAACUUCCUGGACAGGUUUCUGUCCAGCAUGUCUGUCCUGAGGGGGAAAUUACAGCUCGUGGGAACAGCAGCCAUUCUCCUGGCCUCGAAAUAUGAAGAGAUAUAUCCGCCCGAAGUAGACGAGUUUGUCUAUAUUACCGAUGACACGUACACAAAACGACAACUGUUAAGAAUGGAACACCUACUCUUGAAGGUCCUGGCUUUUGAUCUGACAGUACCAACCACCAACCAGUUUCUCCUGCAAUACAUGAGGCAUCAGGGAGUGUGCAUCAGAACUGAGAACCUGGCCAAGUAUGUCGCAGAACUGAGUCUACUUGAAGCUGACCCAUUCUUGAAAUACCUUCCUUCACUGAUAGCUGCAGCAGCUUAUUGCCUGGCAAACUAUACUGUGAACAGGCACUUCUGGCAAAACUGCAACCUGCUGCGGAGGCCUGCUGUGGCUCUCACUCCACAGCUUUCCUCUGAGAGGAGCGGAGAUGGUCAAGGGAUGGGGUCCAGCAUGUCCAUUCAAGAGCAACAGAUCUGGAAACCUCAGGGCUCACUGUUCUGUGUGGAGGCCCUUGCAAAUCCAUCAUUGACCCCUUCAAGCAAGAGUUGUCCUUUUCCCUCUAUCUAA